UUUUUCUUUCUGGGUAACACGGACACAGGAUUCUUGUUUUAAUUAAUCCUUAUCUGGAUCUACCGCUGGCAUCAACAGCAGCACCACUGCUGCCUCUUGAUGUUGUGAUCGCUAAUGCGCAUGCGCCCGGAAUUGGAAUUACUGCACUGGCGAGAACAACUUAGACCUCGUCAAGACUUCAAAAAAAUAAGAAAAUAGCAUAAUUGAAGAAUGGAAGCCUUUGUGGUAAGAGGGACGAGCACGACGUGUUCCUUGUUGAUCUUUUUUAUGGCAGCUUUGAUGCGCGCUCAAAGUGGCAGUGUCAACGACCCUAGCAAUAUGCCUUUGGUCAAAGAAACGGUGGACAGACUGUUAAAGGGUUAUGAUAUACGACUGAGACCAGAUUUUGGAGGUCCUCCAGUUGGAGUGGGAAUGAAUAUAGACAUAGCCAGCAUAGAUAUGGUAUCCGAAGUCAACAUGGACUACACAUUGACAAUGUACUUCCAGCAAGCCUGGCGAGACAAGCGACUGUCCUACUCCGAGAUCCCACUCAAUCUGACUUUAGAUAACAGGGUGGCAGACCAGCUCUGGGUCCCUGACACCUACUUCCUCAAUGACAAGAAGUCAUUUGUUCAUGGUGUCACUGUGAAAAAUCGAAUGAUCCGACUGCAUCCGGAUGGCACUGUUUUGUACGGUCUAAGGAUUACUACUACAGCUGCUUGUAUGAUGGACCUACGGAGGUAUCCUCUGGAUGAGCAAAACUGCACACUUGAGAUAGAGAGUUAUGGUUACACCACUGAUGAUAUUGAGUUUUACUGGCGAGGAGGACAUAAUGCUGUGACAGGGGUGGACAAGAUUGAACUUCCCCAAUUUUCCAUUGUGGAUCAUAAGCUCAUCUCCAAGAAUGUUGUCUUCUCUACAGGUUCCUAUCCACGUCUUUCCCUGAGUUUCAAGUUAAAGAGGAAUAUUGGAUAUUUUAUCCUGCAGACAUACAUGCCUUCUAUCCUCAUCACCAUCUUGUCUUGGGUCUCUUUCUGGAUCAACUAUGAUGCCUCUGCUGCGAGAGUGGCUCUGGGUAUUACCACGGUGCUCACCAUGACAACGAUUAACACCCACCUGAGAGAGACCCUUCCCAAAAUCCCUUAUGUCAAGGCCAUUGACAUGUACCUCAUGGGCUGCUUUGUAUUUGUCUUCAUGGCUCUGCUGGAGUAUGCACUGGUGAACUACAUCUUCUUUGGCCAGGGUCCUCAGCGUCAGAAAAAAGCAGCUGAGAAAACAGCAACAGCAAACAAUGAAAAGAUGAGGAUGGAUGCAAAUAAGUGGCUUGUGGGAAAUGUAGUUGGCAGAGAUGAUACGCUUUACGCAAGAAUGAAACAGAGAGACCUAGCUGGCCAUGAUUCAAUAUGGGAGCCAAUCUUUAUGGAUGAUGCUGCGCUUGGACUUGGUGAUCAAAAAAACAAGAUGGACUCACAUGAAAACAUCCUCUUGGGUACCUUGGAUAUCAAGAACGACAUGGGUGUCACAGAGCUGGCUCUAGGUCUCAAUGAUCCACGGAAUACCAUGUUAACAUACGACAGCUCAAAUCUGCAAUAUCGCAAAUCAGGGCUGGCAAGACACAACUUUGGGCGAAAUGCUCUGGAUCGCCACAUGACUCAAAAGAAAAGCCGACUACGGAGGCGGGCCUCUCAGCUGAAAGUAAACAUUCCAGAUUUGACUGAUGUAAACUCUAUUGACAAAUGGUCACGGAUGAUCUUCCCUACGGUUUUUUCCUUCUUUAACAUUAUUUACUGGCUUUACUAUGUCAAUUAAACACAAAUCACAAAAGUAAAAGCAAGUGCAGCUAAAUCAAAUAAGAAUUUAUUGUAUGUGUUUGAGUGACUUUAUAUAUAUUUUCUUUUUAAAGCUGGAUGAAACUGCUGUGUUCAAGACUAGAUCCAUAAUUUAUUGGAACACAAUCUUUGCUGGGUAACACAAAACAACCUUAUGUAUAAGAGAUUACAGACUUAUAAGGUGCCUGUUCCUAAAUAUUUGUUUAAAGUGUUACAUGCUUUUGUUUUAUUCUGUAUUGUGAUGUUUAGGUUUGUUUGCCUUUUUGUUAAUUUAUUAUGCUCAUUCAAACUUUAUAUUCAUCAGUCAAUUAGAUAUAAACUGAGAUAAAACAACUUCAAAGUUAUGUUGACGAAAGCUAUGUUAUCACCCCAGGUCAACAGGGUUUUCUCACCAUAAUCAUUUCAAAGACUACACAAUACCACUAAUCCAUCAAACUGCAUGAAAUUGCUCAAAGAAGUUCACAGAAAAUACUUAAGAUUCACCAUUUCUUGUAUGAUAAAAGGUGAAUUUUAUAAAACCAAUGUUUUUUAAAACUUUUUCUAGUGUGUGAAAUUGGUGGUAUUACAUCAUUGUAUUUUUCAGACAUCUUUGUCAGUUGGACUUCUUCUUCUGUAAAAUCACAAAAAGAAGAGAAAACUACCACAAAACCAAAAUUUCUGUUUGAUCUGCUGCAAAUCAAAAUCCAGACAGAGUUGAGGAAAAAAAUUGACAAAAUAGUAUAAAAUAUCAAGAUUUUGUAAGUAGAUUAACUGACUAAAGCCGAACAUGGUUAUCAGACAUUACCUAAAAGAACAUAAAAAAUCUCAAAAAUGUAAAAUAGCUCAACAUUUUUUAUAUCUGCUUUCAUACAUUGCAGGUCCAUAUAUUAUAUACAUCCAUUACAUAUAGAGGAAAAUGUACAAAUUCUUUAUUUCUACUAAUAUUAAUCCUAAGUAUGGCUUUAAGAUAAUCUGAACCCACAAUGUAUUGACUCAGAAAAUUUUUAUUUUUUAAAAACAUUGACAAUUCAAUUUAUGCCGUUACACCCUAUAAUAAGACCAAUCUACACAGCUGCGAAUGUUUUUUGUUUUAUUUGGCCUUACUGUAGUCUCUCAGUCUUGCCAGAAGGCUAUACCUUCAUGGGAAAGACUGUGGGUUUGUAAGGUGUACAGAAAACAGUCACUGAGACCAGAGUAGAGAUUGUAAAGCCACCAAAAUUAAUGCUAAAGAGACUAAUAGGUAACAGAGUGCUGUAUUCAAGCAUUAUCACAGAAACUUUAAAGGAAAAAGGGUGGUGGGAAAAGGGGUACAAGCAAAAGGAGAACUUAAUUAAAUCAAUUAGAAAAUUAGUGGGAGCUAAACAAGGCCCUUACUGAGGUUAACAUUACCACAUCAAGAUCCACAUUACUCAUACACAUGGGACAAGUGUCUUACUUUGGGCUUGUGAGGAAGAAGUGUAGCUCAGGGGUCCUAAAUUAACUUUUCUGUAAAUCACUAGAAGCCACGCAUUUUCCCCUUAGCUAUCCCUUUUCUAUUAAUUUAUGUUAUAUUCUAAUUUUCUAAAACUCUAAAUUUUGGAUGUCCAUUAUUAUUUAACAUAGCAUAAUUUUCCUGAAGAAUUACGGGCUACGUUCACACUGCAGCCUGAAAUGACCCAAAUCCGAUUUGUAAGCAAUUUGUGACCUGUAUUUCAUAUUUUCAUGACAAUCUGAAGAAAACAGAUCUGAUUUUUUCAAAUGCCAGCUGUGUCAAAAUAGUUAGGUGGCAUUCAUCUGACCUGAACAUCAUAAAUACUCGACAAAGAUCACUGUUCUGCUUGUUGCUAUGCAGAUGCGGCAAAAAAAAACAGCACCCAUGGUAUACGAUCAUGUGAAGACCAGUCAUUCUUUUCGACCUUCUUGAAAACAUUGCGAAAUUAAUGCUAAAAUAAAUAAUAGAUUAUAAGAUGUGGUCCAACACUUCCAUCAAUGUUUAUUUCGAUAAACAAAGAGCACAGUUGUCAUCAUUACGCCCUCUACUGCGCAUGUGGGACACUUAAGUUUUAUCAACGCAGUUCACUCAGGAGAUCAUAUACAAGUCACAUGUAUUUGGGAAUGUGAAAAACCACACAAAACAAUCACAUAUCACAAAAAAUCUGAAUUGAGCAUUUAGGCCUGCAGUGUGAACGUAGCCAUAAUAAUAAUAUCUGGGAUAAACUCAGGCAAUAAUGCAGAGCACAUAUAGAAAGUUGUUAUUAAACUCUUAAGCUCAUACUAAGUUUAAAAAAUGAAGAUAUAAAAAGGGAUUUAUCUAGUGUGAAGGACUUGAUUUGAAUGUUUCCUGAGUGCAGUACAUUUGGUUAUUAUAAAAAAGCACACUAUGGAGGUUUUUAAAAGGGCUGUGUACUACUCCUAGAAUAUCUUCUGUGUCAUUCACCACAGCGAACCAACCAGCAACCUAUGGCUACAGUUGUAAUGUACAUUACUAUUCAGUCAGUUAAAAUAGUGUUGCAAGUUAUAGUCAUCCUUUAGGAUGUUCCCCAAAGGGUGCAAAUGUUCUGCAAAGAGAUUAUUUCAAAGCAAAUUCAAAAAGUGCUGAAAACACCAAAAUGACACUCGAAACAUAAAAAUAAGAAAAAUACACAAACAUUUAAAACAUACUGCAAACACAAAACCCGCUGGAAAUACAUAAAGGAUAAUAAUAUACAAAUCCAUGCAAAGGAAUAUGCGUGUGUAAAUUAUCAGUCUUCUGGGCUGUGACAAUCACAAACAGGCUUAAAUUGGAAGGCAACUGGACUUUCGCUUAGUGUUUUUAAGAUGUUUUUAAGACCUAUCCAGGAGUCUGUCAAAGAAAUCUGUUCGUUGUAGUGCUUAUGUAUUAAGCAACAUGGAGGUCCAUUCUCAAUUGCCUUCCAAUUUAAGCCUGUUUGUACAUGCAAAGGAGAGAUGGUGCAAUCUGCAAAAACAACAGCAAGUUAAAACAGCUGCAAACUAGCUUAGUAGGACAGAAUUGCUCCAGACCACAAGGGGGAAAUGCCUCAUGAGCAUAUCACUGCAUAUUAAUGUCUAUGGACAACAUUGUUGCCAACAACAAAACGUGUUUCCCUCCUAUACGCUGUUACACAGCUUCAGAAUGCAUUCUUUAGAACAUGUUGUGCAAUGGCACACUGUUUUGCACCAUGGUGAAUGAGAUUGAUGCUGUUUUGGACCAUGGUGAGAGAUGCAGCAACAACAACACACUGUGGAGCAUGUGCCUCAUGCCUAACUGAAAACACUUUAAGGAUCAUUUUUUGUAAUAUUACCUUAGCAUGACCUCUGGAAAUAGUUAAUUCACAAAAUAUCUAUAUUUAGUGUUUAUGAAAGGUUCACUGUAACUGAUAACAAUGAUUAAAGGAAAAAAUAAGUUGUUUUGAUUGAGCGGAAUAUCUUACUCUCAUCUCAGUUUCAAGUGAACUCUUGCAGCUUUACCAUACAAUUGCUGUUUAUUUUGGUCUUCUAUUUAUGACGAGUGAAUGUAAGAACAGGCCAUUCUUAGCAUAUGGUAACACUCUUUGUUCCCCAUAAGAGAACAAGACUACUUUUAGCAAUAACAACAGCUAGGGGAGUACGCAGUUUGACAAUGUG